AUGGAGGUCCCCAGGGGCUGGCUGAUGGUCUGUGUACUGGCCACAUUCCUGGCCUCCACGGUGACCCAGGACGUGUGCCGAGCACCAGACGGGAAGGACGGGGCCCCAGGAAUCCCCGGCCGACCUGGGCAACCAGGCCUUAAGGGGGAGCGAGGCGAGCCAGGGGCUGCUGGCAUCCGGACAGGCAUCCAAGGCCUCAAAGGAGACCAGGGGGACCCAGGCCUCCCUGGAAAACCUGGCAACAUGGGCUUCCCAGGACCCAGUGGCCCCCUGGGGCCGGCUGGGCUCCUGGGAUCAAAGGGCAUCAAGGGCAACCCAGGAAACAUCAAGGACCAGCCUCGGCCAGCCUUCUCAGCAGUGAGGAGGAACCCCCCAAUGGGUGGCAACGUGGUCAUCUUUGACACGGUCAUCACCAACCAGGAAGGGCCAUACCAGAACCACUCUGGCCGGUUUGUCUGCGCCGUGCCCGGCUACUAUUACUUCACCUUCCAGGUGGUGUCCAAGUGGGACAUCUGCCUAUCCAUCAUGUCCUCCAUAAAAGGCCAAGCCCGGCGCUCCUUGGGCUUCUGUGACACCAACAGCAAGGAGCUCUUCCAGGUGGUGUCAGGGGGCACAGUACUCCAGCUUCAGCAUGGCGACCAGGUCUGGAUCGAGAAGGACCCUGUCAAGGGCCGUAUUUACCAGGGCCCCGAGGCCGACAGCAUCUUCAGUGGCUUCCUCAUCUUCCCAUCCAUCUGA